AUGCAGCGUUCCUCCUCCGUAUCGUCAUCGUCGUCGUCCUCGUAUUCGUCCUCACUAUCGAUAACAUCAUUCGUUCAAUAUGCUUUCCUCGCCGCACUAGCAUAUAUACUCGCUGGUGCGCCUUUGUCGACAUUGCUUGUCUCACGUACGAAUGGCGAUUCAGCGUUGUCAGGCAGUAGUAGCCUUGGUGCGGAAAAAGGUGUUGAUACAAUAUCCAAGUUGGAAAAUCUGGUUAUUCCAGAGAAGAACUUGAGUUGCGCGGCGCAUGCAUACAAAGGAGUUUAUGUCCUGAGCAGGGAGCCAUUGGUGGUGUACAUUGAGGGGUUCAUUGGUGAAGAGGAAGCAAAAGAAGUUGUGGCAUUGAGUAACCCGCAUUUCACACCCUCAACCGUAUGGACCUCCGGCACUGAGUCCCUCAAUCCGUCAAUCCGUAACUCGGAAAAAGCUCCCCUACCCCGCAGCCAAACAGUGAAGUGUAUUGAAGAGCGCGCUCGCGUUUUUCAAGGCUGGCGACCCUACACUUUCAUUGAGAAACUAUGGAGCCAGAGAUAUGGCGUUGGAGGCCACUACACAUACCACUACGACUGGAGUACCGCGACUAAGAAGAGUGGACGCGUCAGUUCUUUUAUGGUGUAUUUGGAAGCGAAUUGCACGGGUGGUGGAACACACUUUCCGCGUUUAGAGAGGCCUAAAGAUGGGAGUUGGUGUCAAUUUAUUGAGUGUGGUGACGGUGCUUCUUCGACAGAUGCAGAUCUCUCGGCGAAUACUGUGGAAGACGGACGGCCCAAGGAAGAUCUAAGCAAGGGGGUCAUCUUCAAGCCUAUUGCUGGGAAUGCGGUGUUCUGGGAGAACAUGCGGGGAGACGGGAGUGGGUAUGCGGAGAGCUGGCAUGCGGGUUUACCUGUUACAAAGGGCGUUAAGAUCGGACUCAAUAUAUGGAGUUGGCUAGCUCAGGGGUAUGUGCCGGUGGAAGAAGAGUCUUGA